CGAGGGCGAUGGUAGCAGAAUGGAUGACAGGCGAGAGGGCGCCGGUAGUGGGAGCUUGUCUCGGCCUGCCUCGCGGUGGUGCAAUCGGAUUCGGUGCGAAGCUAUGCGAAGCUGGCGUGACUGCGGCUGGCAGGCCGCAUCAGCAUUGAAGCCAAGUGAAUGAGUGGUUUGGCGGCCAAGUUUUCUGAGUAGGAUAGUGCAACGUGUGGUGGUCAAGCAAGGUGUGUGCCUAUCACGGAGGUGCCUAUGCAGUGAGAUCGCCGCGAUGAUAGGUUUAAAUCUGCGAGUCACCGGACACUGUAACCAGGGUGGCCGUAAAUAUAUGGAAGAUGCCUUCGUCGUCGCUUAUCAGCAGACCAAGGACAAGACAGACCUGGAAUAUGCUUACUUCGGCAUCUUCGACGGUCACGGCGGUCGCGAAGCCGCACUGUACGCCAAGGAGCAUCUGCUCGACGCUAUCGUGAAACAAAGCGACUUUUGGUCAAAUAACGAUGAACACGUGUUGCGUGCCAUCAAGCACGGCUUCCUCAGAACACAUCUUGGCAUGUGGAAGGAAGUGGGCAAAUGGCCCAAGACGAUGUCAGGUUUACCAAGUACAUCGGGCACAACCGCAAGCAUCACCUUCAUUCGGAGGGGCAAGCUGUACAUUGGUCAUGUUGGAGAUUCACGUAUAGUGCUUGGAUGUGAAAGCAUGGAUGGGGAGAACUGGUAUGGGCAGCCCCUGACGCACGAUCACAAGCCUGAAAGCCCAAGGGAAAGGGAGCGCAUCCAUAGUGUAGGUGGCCUUGUCAUGAACAAGUCUGGGGUGGACCGAGUGGUCUGGAACCGCCCCUCUGUUGGUCACCGCGGCCCUGUUCGGAGGAGCACCCACUUCGACAAGAUCCCCUUUCUGGCAGUGGCAAGGUCUUUAGGUGACCUGUGGAGCUAUAACUACACAGCAGGCAAAUUUGUGGUGAGCCCAGAGCCAGACGUGAGUGUUGUAAAGCUGGACACGCGCCGAGACCGCUGCAUUGUCAUGGCCUCAGACGGCUUGUGGAACAUGGUGGACAUCACCGAGUCGGUGCGGUUGGUGCAGCGGGCUGAGCGUGACAAUGAGCAUGCAUUCCUCGAAGCUGCCCAGGCUGGUUCGCAAGAUUAUCAGGUGUCCAACCCUUCCAAGAUGUUGGUGGAUGAAGCCCUGUACCGCUGGGGCCGCGUCAGAACCCGUGCUGACAAUACAAGUGUGGUGACAGUGAUGCUUGACCCAGCGGGUCCAUCACGCAAUGAGGUGCUUCUGCGUCAGCGAUUCCUUCACCGGCUGCGGCCUAGGGAGGAACUACGAACACCAGAGCCACAGGCACCACCAUCACCAAGGCCUGGUUCCCUUGCUCCUGACGAGCGAGAGCUGAGCCCACCAAGGUCUCCCACCAGUGACCCGGAAAGUGACGAGCCGGAAGGAAUGCGAGGCCUUCCACGAGUAGUGAUCUUGACACCCAAGCGAGUCUACCCAUCAAUUUCACCUCCCUCAUUGAGGGCAGAUGCCCAGGAAGCACCGAGCCAAGAGCCAAAGCCAGAGCCUGAAUGCAAACCCCCAGAGCAAGAGAAAGAUGCCAACGAAGGCACACAGGAGAACGACACCACAACGGGUAGCCACAAACGGCGACUGCCCUUGGACGAUGCUGAGACUGAGGAAGUAGCACAAAAGCGGCCCCACAACAACAGUGAAAGUGGGGCAACAGAUGCAGCUGCUGAUAAUCUCAAAAUGCGUGCAUGCAAAACGAGACUUUGAUUUUAGUAGCUGCUGUGUACUUCAAACCAGUCUGUGCGUGUGGAUAUACAAUCACGUGUUUGUGUGUGUGUGGGAAGUGCCUCUCUCGUGGCCACUUCGUGUGUGCCCAGCAAUUCGUCCACCUGCUAGAACACCUGUACGGUGGCUAGCAAUGUGUCACAUCUGACAUUGUCGUUGUGGCACAAACUGUCGACUUCAGAGCUCUCCUGCUCUUUUCAAGUCUUCACAUCAGUAUUUAUAGCCAUUUUCAUGACGCUAGUGUGUGUGCAGGGAGAAAAACUGAGAAAUCUGGUGAACACUCCUUUGAGAAGAUGCAAGGCUGAGACAUGUGUCGCCGGAGUGCAUUGCUUUGUGGCUGAUCAGCUCAUUUUGUCUUGCAGUGCAGGGAUACAAGCCAAGUUCCACUGCCAAGGACCUCUCUCAUUGGUUGGCUGAAGUGAGGAGUGGCAGUGACAAUAGUGACAUGUGAUGCACCCUUGUAUUGGUUUUUGUAGACCACCUGCCCCUGUGCUGCAAAUACAGUAUAGACCACGUGUAACGUAACCGCUUAUGGUGCAGGGCCGGAUAUAGUACGGUCUUUUCAGACUCCCGUUAAUUUUCCCAUAGCACUCAUGUAUACGCAUACCGCUUACAGUGCAGCCACGUGAGACGAAAUACCGGUUAUAAUGCGGCUUCCGUGGGAAAAUCUCGCCGACAAGGGCGGUAGCGAGCACGCUUCUCGACGAGGUGUGCCCACCGAUGGGAGAGGAGAUCAGCGAGGGCGAUGCGGAGGAGGAGCAUGAGUCCAAGGGCGAUAAAAUCAUCGCUGCGCGCCGUAUAUGCGAGUGAAAGCGCGCGGGGGAUGCGCACCUUCACGGAGAGCGAACACGAAGCGGAGAGAUACGCGAUUUCCAUCGCGCGAAAG